AAAAAGAAAAGAAAAAAAAGCUUUGAGCUUUUUCUGUUCGUUGUUGAUAUUUGGACUCUGAAACAUGUUUGGCCCAUUGAUUGAUUGAACCCCCAAAUUGGGCUGGGGUUUGAAUAUCAAUAUACGGUCUUCUGACACAUCACCAAGCCGAAAACAGAGGAUAGAUACCAAAAGGAAAGUAGAGAAGGUAAAAAAGAAACUUGCACUAGUCUGUCUGAUGCAGAAGCAAAAUCCCCAACAACUCAAUCCUCCUUAUUGAUCGUAUUUCACAAACCCCUUAGAAUUACAAAAACCAAGCACAUGACAUGCAUAUCACUGAUAAAGCAAAGCCACACCCUUUUGUCCCUUAAAACUGUCCAUGCCUCUAUCCUCAGAACCCAUCUUCACCUCAAUCUCUUCCUCUGCACCAACCUCAUUGCCCACUAUGCCUCUUUGGGCUCAACCUCUCACGCCUAUACCCUCUUCUCUGCCUUCUCUUCUUCCUCAUCCUCCUCUGACGUUUUUCUUUGGAAUGUGAUGAUUAGAGGCUUUGUUGACAAUGGCCUAUAUCACAAAGCCAUUGUUCUGUACAGUAAGAUGUGGGAAUUGGGUACUCAACCCGAUCACUUUACAUUCCCUUUUGUGCUUAAGGCUUGUGGGUACGUUUGUGAUGAUAGAUUGGGUGUAAAGCUUCAUGGGGAUGUGAUUCAAUGUGGUUGUGCAUCGGAUUUGUUUGUGGGUAAUUCACUUAUUGGCUUGUAUGGAAAAUUUGGGCAGGUUGAGACUGCAAGAAAGGUAUUCGAUAAAAUGCCCGACAGGAAUGUGGUUUCUUGGAGUUCGAUGAUUGGUGCGUACUCGCAAAGUGGGUGUUUCAAGCAUGGGUGGUUUUUGUUUGCAAUGAUGUUGAAUGAGAGUAUUAGACCCAACAGGGCUGCCAUUUUGAAUGUGAUGGCGUGUGUUUCUAGAGAGAAUCAGGCUGAUGAGGUUUGUGGAGUUGUGACAGCUAAUGGACUUGAUUUGGACCGUUCAGUUCAAAACGCUGCCAUGCAAAUGUACGCACGGUGCAGAAGAAUUGAUGUUGCUCGGGGCUUCUUUGAUAAAAUCAGUGAUAAGGACUUGGUGUCUUGGGCAUCCAUGAUUGAAGCUUAUGUGCAAGUUGAUUUGCCUCUUGAAGCCUUGGAGCUCUUUAAAGAGAUGAGAGUGCAACGGAUUCUCCCUGAUUUGGUGGCACUUCUGAGCGUGAUUCGCGCUUGUUCAAAUUUAGCAUCGUUUCAGCAAGCACGCUUAAUUCAUGGACAUGCUAUUCGUUGCUUUUUCAAGAACCACAUUGCGCUUGAAACUUCUGUAGUUGAUUUAUAUGUAAAAUGUGGAAGCUUGGUAUAUGCUAGAAGGGUUUUUGAUGAGAUGCGAGAAAGAAAUAUAAUCUCAUGGAGCACCAUGAUUUCAGGAUAUGGGAUGCAUGGUCAUGGAAGAGAAGCUGUUAACCUAUUUAAUCAGAUGAAGGCUCUAGCAAAACCAGACCACAUUGCAUUCCUGUCAGUGCUGUCAGCUUGCAGUCAUGGUGGGUUGAUUGCCGAAGGAUGGGACUGCUUUAAUUCCAUGAGUAGGGAUUUUCAUGUAACACCAAGACCGGAACACUAUGCAUGUAUGGUUGAUCUUUUGGGUCGAUCUGGUAGACUGAAAGAAGCAUUUGAGUUCAUUGAAAGAAUGCCAGUAAGGCCAGAUGCUGGUGUUUGGGGAUCACUGCUUGGUGCAUGUAGAAUUUAUUCAAAUAUAGAACUUGCUAAAAUUGCUGCAAGACAAUUAUUUGAGUUGGAUGGGGAGAACCCCGGUCGAUAUGUUCUCAUGUCCAAUAUUUAUGCAUCUUCUGGAAAACAGAAAGAUGCUGAUAAGAUAAGAGAUUUGAUGAAAAAAAGAGGGGUGAGGAAAGUAGCUGGUCACACCAGCAUAGAGAUAAAAAACAAGGUCUAUACAUUUGUGGCUGGAGAUAAGUCGCAUACUCAAACUGAUUUAAUCUAUUCAGAGUUGGAGAAAGUGAUAAAUAGGAUUCGACAAGAAGGGUACAAGCCGGAUUUGAACUUUGCAUUGCAUGAUGUGGAGGAAGAGAUGAAGGAGAAAAUGUUGUAUGCGCAUAGUGAGAAGCUUGCGAUAGUUUUUGGACUGUUGAAUUCAGGACCAGAAAGUGUUAUUAGAAUAAAGAAGAAUCUGAGAGUUUGUGGGGAUUGCCAUACCGCUUCCAAGUUGAUCUCUAAGGUUACAGGAAGGGAAAUUGUAAUGAGAGAUGCUCACAGAUUCCACCAUUUCAAGGUUGGUGCAUGUUCUUGUGGGGAUUAUUGGUGAACAGUGAGAGUUGUUUUAAUUGCUAGAAAUGAUCCUAGAAAGAAAGCAAGGGGGAAGUGGAUGGCUUACGAGAUUAUGGUUUAAGGAGGGAAAGGUUCAAAGAAUCAAAGGUAGGUGCAGUGAGCAAAUUUUGGGGUAUACUUGUUUUUGUGUUUCUUUCUUCUUUUAGAUCGGAUUGGAAUUAUAGAACAUUCAUGAAUUAAGUUUUAGGAAAUUGUUGUAUAGAAAUAGAUAGUUGGGAAGUAAAUGCUAACAGAGAG